GGACGUACAUGUACUUUCCGAGGCUAAAAUUUGUGUUUCCAUGAAUUUCCUUCGAGUAAUCACUUGCGAGUUGCCACCCGCUACCUUAAUCUAAAAGCACGAACCCGGAUUUUCUCCCACCAAAGUCUAAUGGCCUUUCCAAGAUCAAGAAUAGCAAAACUCAGUGUAGUGCUACUUCAGAACCUAACAAAUAAACCAAUAAAACAGACUCAAUUACCUCCAAACUCCCAAGCCUUGUUUGACUUGAACAUAUUAAACAAACAUAAUCACAGCCACAAUUCCUUUUCUGGGUUGAGGCAAUACCAUGAUGGGAGGCCAAGAGGACCCCUUUGGAGAGGCAAAAAGCUAAUUGGAAAAGAAGCACUUUUUGUAAUUCUUGGAUUGAAGAGGUUUAAAGAUGAGGAAGAGAAGCUUGACAAGUUUAUUAAAACCCAUGUUUUAAGACUGUUAAAGAUGGACAUGAUUGCUGUCCUCACUGAGCUUGAGCGCCAGGAAGAGGUCUCUUUAGCAACCAAAGUGUUUCAAAUAAUUCAAAAGCAAGACUGGUAUAACCCUGAUGUUUAUCUCUACAAGGACUUGAUCAUUGCAUUAACAAGAAGUGGAAAAAUGGAUCAAGCUAUGAAGUUAUGGGAAGCAAUGAGAAGUGAGAAUUUGUUUCCAGAUUCUCAAAUGUACACAGAACUUAUCAGGGGCUUCCUGAGGGAUGGGUCUCCUGGUGAUGCAAUGAACAUAUAUGAGGACAUGAAGAAAUCGCCUGAUCCGCCAGAGGAAUUACCAUUUAGGAUUUUGUUGAAGGGGCUUCUUCCACACCCACUUCUAAGAAACCGGGUGAAGCAAGAUUAUGAAGAGCUUUUCCCUGAAAAACAUGUUUAUGAUCCCCCUGAAGAAAUAUUUGGUGUGCGCUAAGGGCUGUUACUGAAUCUUUAGUAUACUCAAGUCUCUGCUGCUUAAAGAUCAAGAUAAAUGACAGGUCAAGUAGCAGCAUUUGUAGCAAGGAAAGAGAGAGUUGGCUCUUCUAUGCAAGAGUACAUACCAUAUUCACCAGACCCUUUUUGACUUUCACAGCUGCAAGCUAUGAAUUUCCAGAAAAUUUGACCCCUUCAAGACUGGGCUGAAGGGCGGAGGAUUUGAGAUUCUUUGAGUUGAUCGGUCUUAAACAAUAUAGUGGAAACCUAGAAAUGGAUGUAUCUGAGAAGAGUAAAGAUCUGCUCAGCAUGUUGCUGUGUUUCUGUCUUAAGAUACCCAAACAACUGCUUGUAGACUGGUGUCAUGUUUUAGGAUUUUCUUGUGCAUUUGAGCAUGCAAACUUGUCAACAUUGCUCAAUUGAUCUUUGUAUCUGCUAUUCCCCCCCUAAAUGCCCAUUUCAGCCCUUUUAACUUGAACCCAAAA